CCAUUUUGCACCACAUCCUCGUCGAGCACAACGAGCUCUGUCUGAAGAUCUUUGAAUACAACCGGUUUUGGGCCAAAUGGCUGAUGAGCUCCUACUUCUUCUUAGUGGCACAAAUGUGUUUCACACUAUUUCAGGCCCUCUUCACCACUAAUCCAGUGCUCGUCCGCAUUGUUAUGUUUGUGAUCGCUUGUGAGUGCGCCUAUUUUCUCACCACUAUAUCCAUCAGUGCAUCCCUUCUUUCAAAUACGAAGAUAAAUGAAGAUAUGGCACACGCGUCGUACUCGAGGCUAAUUCGCGUUACAUUUGAUAAAUACCCGGUUGAGCUACAAAUACAGUUGCGAAUGUUUAUCCAACGCCUGUCCGGCCCUACCAUUGGAUUCUAUUGUCUGGACUUAUUUGAGAUAACAUAUACCACUUAUGCCAGUAUUGUGGCGGCUUUGGGCCAGAAUUUCCUACUGAUCGUCGACUUUGUCCGCUCUUAUGCCGAAGUCGGCCGCGAAGACGACAACAUUGAGUACGCGUUCUCUCAGUUAACGGACGCCGUCUUUAACACUACACUAUCGGCCAUAAGUUUGGUUGGUUUCGCCGAAACCACCGAAAUGAUAACAAGGGGCGCGACUUUUCCCUUAGGUAUCUUAAGCGGCACUUCAGUACUCUUUGAACGGAAGAACUCGUAUUUAGUGAUAAUGUGUGCCAUCACUGACUUGGCCUCCAUUAACGCAAACCUCAUUCCCACACAAUUUCUCGGUCCGGCGCCGAACGGCAGGUAUGUA